UCGGCCCCGGCAAGAUGGCGGCCCCCUUGGAACUCAGUUGCUGGGGAGGUGGCUGGGGGCUCCCAUCGGUGCACAGCGAGUCCCUGGUGGUGAUGGCUUACGCCAAAUUUUCUGGUGCACCCUUGAAAGUCAAAGUCAUAGAUAACACCUGGAGAGGUUCAAGAGGAGAUGUACCAAUUUUGACAACUGAAGACAACAUCAUUUCUCAGCCUGCAAAAAUACUAAACUUUUUAAGAAAACAGAAAUAUAAUGCUGAUUAUGAGCUCUCAGCAAAACAGGGGGCAGAUACACUGGCUUACAUUGCUCUCAUCGAAGAGAAGCUUCUUCCUGCAGUGCUUCACACAUUCUGGGUUGAGAGUGACAAUUACUUUAGUGUGACAAGGCCAUGGUUUGCUUCACGAAUUCCUUUUCCCUUGAGUUUGAUCCUGCCUGGAAGGAUGUCUAAGGGAGCACUAAAUAGAAUUCUUCUGACCAGAGGAGAGCCUCCCCUUUACCACCUCCGAGAAGUGGAAGCUCAGAUAUACAGAGAUGCCAAGGAGUGCCUAAAUCUUCUGUCGAACAGAUUGGGAACAUCUCAGUUUUUCUUUGGAGAUACGCCGUCUACCUUGGAUGCAUAUGUGUUUGGUUUCCUCGCGCCCCUUUAUAAAGUACGCUUUCCUAAAGGUCAGUUACAAGGACAUUUGCAACGGCUCUCCAACCUGUGCCGCUUCUGUGACGACAUCCUGCACAGUUAUUUUAGGCUUAGUCUUGGAGGCAUCUCUCCUGCUGGACAAGAAACAGUAGACGCAAAUCUGCAGAAACUCACCCAACUUGUAAAUAAGGAAUCCAACUUGAUUGAAAAGGAGCAUCUGGAGAAGAUAAGAGAGAGUUUUGCUCUGUACAUGCUCAAAACUCUAGAAAAGUCUACUUUUAAAGUGGGUAAUCAGAUGCUAUAUGCUGUUGGUUUGGUAUCCUUGGCGGUGGCUGCUUUCCAGUCUCCUGAAGUUGAGCUGACAGAGAGCUCAACACCAGGCUCUGAACCUUGCACUCUAUUUGUGGCGCUCCUGCUUAAAGAUGGAUGACAAUCUUCGCCAAAGCCCUCAACUUCCUCCCCGGAAACUGCCAACACUUAAAUUGACUCCAGCAGAAGAAGAAAGUAAUUCCUUACAACGGCUAUCACCCUGACAGUCAUCACGCUUUGUGUCCAAAGUCAUGAUUGUUGCAGUCGUCUCUUACACUACCUGUGUGAAGGCAAAAAGAAAACGCCAUUAGUAGGUAUAAGGAAGGCUCUAAAAAGAAACUUUCUAUGACAUCUAGGUUCUCUUAAUUAGCAAGCUUGUAUUUUAGCUUGGCAGUGCACUUUAGAUCACAUCAGAGUGAAUGCUAAAUGAACUUGGGGGUAAAAAACCACAUUGUACUGUAUAUUUAAAAGAAAAAAACAAAAAAACAAAGAACGCUGCCUUAAUCUCGGCAGAUUUUUGCCUUUAGUUCACAUGUUGCUGACCAAAAGCUACAAUUCUGUUCUGAAUGUGCACUCUUAUUUAUUCAAGUUAAUUUAUUUAGUUUUCUUAGAACAGUUUGAAUAUCUAAUAUGUGGCUCUUUGAGGCUUUUUUUCUUCUGUUUAGAAAUUUGAUGCCAAUUUUAGACAUUAGGAAAAAUGUAAUAUUUUAGUAUUCUAUUUACUUCAGUAGAAAAGCCUGUAUUUAAACAGCAACGAGGAAUGUGCUUAAUUAUGCUCUCAGAAGUGUAAUCUUUUGGGGGAUCAGUACUAUAUAUAUAUAUGUCUGAGAUAUAUAUAUGUAUCAAAGGUGGUUACAUAUAAUAUUCAUCUGACUAUAUGCACUUCACUAGAACAUUGGUAUUUGCUGAUGUGUUCAAUAUAAGGCUAGCAAGGACUCUUAGUUUAUCGGACCAAUGGCAGCUUUAGACCUAUGUAUUUGUAGUACAUUUUUAACUCUAGUCCUCUCUUUCUUGGAUUAAUUUCAGGAGAACUGAGUAUGUUGGUCAUCACUUAUUAUGCCAGGCUGUAAAGUCUUACUGAAAUUUGCCCAAUUGUCAGACACUACUCGGCUACAGUAAUAGAAAUACCUACUGUGUGCCUGGACCAAGUCCAUCAUGCUUGGACCAGUGUUCUUUCUUAAGAAGACUGUCACAUAAUCAAAAGCUUUAUGGCAACUUAUUAUUUUCCAUAUAGUUUAACUACAGUUUAAGGAUCUAAUGGAAUAUUCAGAAAUAGUGGUAGUUUUUAAAGAAUAUUUUCUAUUUAUUGUUUGCCGACCUGUUAAAGGAUUUGCUGUGCAGGUGAUUUUACUUAUAACAGAAUCUGUCUAAUUUUAGUGGCUGAGGUGCUUCUGUUGUCCUAAAACCACUUCUGGGGUUUUUAAAAUAUAGGAUCAUGUUUUUGAUUAGUGUCUCAAAAGAUUACUAUGGUGCUCAGCAAAUCUUAUCACGUCGUGCAGAAACCCCCAUGUUAAGAAAAUAGCUUUGUAGUCAAGAGACUCACCUAAUUUGAGCUCAGUGGAGCUCAGCUGUGUUUGACCUAAAUCCUCCCAAUUUGUUCUGUAUUUAGGUAGCUGUGGAUGCAGGAGUCUUUAAGUCAUUGUAAAUAUUUUUUCUUGGAAGUUUUAAUUAAAUGAGAAACAAGGUAGUCUUCAAAAUCUUGUUCAUCUGUUUGGAUGUAUUUAGGGAAAGUAACUAAUGAGUUUCACAUUACGUCUGCAAUGGGUUUGUGUGUUUUAUAUUAAUAUCCUAUUAGAUUCCAGCAAUCCAAAAUCUGUAUGAAUAUUCUAUACUGAAAAUCAUGACCAUAGGACUUUAUCGUCCUCUGGGUUUGAUAUAUAUUGGAGAAGGGUGGUCAACACAUUAAUCAGACAUCUGUUUAUGCUUUAGUUAGGGUUGGUCAUUUUCAAUUAUGGUUUAUAUUAAGCCUUCCAAGAAGCAUUUGAAGUGGCUUAAAAUUGUCAAACAUAAAUAAAACAGGACAAUUAAAAUUAGUUUUGGGAAAAAUAAAAAAUGGGGGAGAAAGAGCUAUACCAACCCUAACAGAUUCUAAAAUCAAACGGUAAAUUUAACUCCCAGGUUUCUCCAUGGGCACAAAAAUAAUACUGGCUUAUGUAAAGUUUUCUGUCAAUGAAACGACUAAUAUCCAUGCUAAGGAAAAUGUGUUUAAAUUUUUAUAAGAAUGUAGAGAUCGUGUUCUUAUGACACAGAAUUCAGCCAGUAAGUGUACUGUAAACGUUUCACGUGUUGAAAGUUUAAUCAAAAGAUAGCAUUUUAGAAUAACAUAUUUGUCAUUUUUUAGUAGAAAAGACAGCUGUAAAUAUGACUUCCUUCCUUUUGGUCAUUCCUGCUUUGAAUUGCCUUUAGCCUUGCACUACAGAGGCUAGGAUGUUUCCAGACUACCUUUCCUAAGAUGCAAAAUGUGAUUUAGGUAAAGUGAGUGUUUAUACGUUGGGCUACUUAGUUGAGCAUUUUUGGGAUAAGCCAACAAGAUGCCAGGAAACUAUAACUGAGCUUAAAGCACUCCAGGGAUGACACACAGCUAGGAAGCUCUUAGAAAGGAACAACUUUCCAGAUUGGGCAGUGAGCUUGUGAUCAGCCUGUCAGGAUAUGCUUUGGGUAAAGUUUGAGUUUCUGAGAUAAAUGGUCCACAGUGUUUAACAAAAUACUGUGAGCUACUUUCUUUAGGACGUGAUGGUGGAAUAUGACCAAAGGGACUAUGUUUGUGUUUAUAUUUGUUGCUAGUAUAAGAUUAGAAAAUCGGUCAGAUAAUUCCCAUAAGAUAAAGAUCCUCCAUCAACAAACUGCCAUCAGUCAUCCAUAAGACUGACCAUUUCUUUGAACACUAAAGACACUGUAAAGAGCAUUGAGGAGAGUCAUUCCUUCACAGUGGUUUUUUUUCCCCUACAAAGAUUGGCACUGACAAAUUUCACCGUAGGUAUGUUUGUAUUAUUUUGGGGGUACUAGAGAAUUCAAGAUUUUUACAAUAAAUCCAAAGCAUUUUGAUUUGCAUUUGCAAUUUCCAUUCAUUUAAUAUUGCUAGAUUUAUUAACAUGAAGGAAUAAGGGAGCUUAUUUCAAUCACAGCUAAGUUACAAUUUUCAGAAGUCUACAAAAACUAGACGUCAAAAGAGGCAGAAAUUGGUAACAGUGAUAGAAUCUCAGAAAACCAAUUUUUUAAGCUGCCUUCAUGUGAUAAAAAUGGUUUUUGAAGUCAGCAGUAUGUUUUCCUAGAGCCUCUUCCAAGAAUAUACAUUCAUCAGGCCUAUUAGAUUUUUUGACAUUUUUCCAUAAACUGUCAAAAGUGUUAACCCUUUAAAACCAAAAUAUAAAUACUUAAAGACAAGAAGCUGAGUGAUGGAUAUACAGUCUCUGUAUGAUUUUUGGAACUUCUUGUGAGUCUAUAUUUCAAAAUAAAAGGGUUUUAAAAAAUAAAUUUAUUAUCUACAUAAACUGUGAUUUAAAUCUAAUGAUUCAAACAUAGUAUUUAGUAUUCAAUUCCAAACACAUACUAUAAAUUAAAUAUAAUUUACUUCCUUACGUUUAAAGAACACCUCAGGUUUGUAAUGAAUGAUUAUCUAAAGAUUUGUUUUGCCUUACCAGAAAAGAAAAAACAACAACCUAAAACCAAGAACUCCAUUUCCUUAUAAAAUAUCCUAUGAUUUUAUAUUUGCAGUAGUAUCUUCUUCCCAUGGUACCUGGGUUUACUUUUUAGGAUAAAAUACGUUAAAAAAAGUUCUUCUGUGUCUUCAUGUGGUGGUAGUUCUUUGCUUUGCCAUGUUCUCUCUAAUUAUACAGGGUGACAAGACGUACGCUAGGACUGGUUUAAUGAAGAAAGUGCAGCAUGUGUCUGUUUUUUGUUCUAAGCUCAUAGGGAUUUAGUAAUUGACUUUGUCUUGGUUUGGUUAUUUAUAUAAUUGAAAUCCUGAGCAGAACCACUGAGUAUAAUUUGGGUUUUGAUUAUGGUCUUUUGUAUAUGUUGUUGGCAUUAAGAAUUAUCUUUUGCCUUUUUUUUCUUGUCCAGCUCUGUGGAAUUUACAUUUGCUCUUCAAUGUUUUCAUAUUUCCUGAAUAGAAUAUUAAGAAAUUUGUUGUUAAUUACAUGAACUAAAGGUUUGUAAUCCUCUUACCCUCAAAGGUUUAACUGAAGUGUCAUUAGAUCUUUAAAGGGCUGAUUUUCACAGAGAGUAAAGAUGAAGUUUUGGGUUUUUUUAAGGGCUUGCAAAAUAUUUUAGCCCCUGUUGGGAUAUAGUUAGAGUUUGCUAGGAAGCCCCAAAUCUUGUUGGGAUGUUGUGUUUGCUAGAAGCCCAGGUUACCAGCCCUAGACUUAAAACCACAGCGAUUGAAGUGGAGAGGUAUUCUCAGAAUCAAAAAGCAUACAGAAAUUAUUUGUUCCAGAUGAGGAGGCCCAUGAUUACUAAUGAGAAUUAACAUUCUUGAAUAAUGAUAUAAGAAAGGGUAACUUUGAGCUGGGGGAAUGUUGCGAGAGCAACAUUCUUAGCAAAACAAAGUAGUUUCUUUAAAAAAAAAUGACAGGAAAACAAGUCUUUGUAUCCUGAUUUUAUUAAUUUGAAAUUAUACUGUAAGAUUUUUUAAAAACCAUCUUUUAGUUCCUUGGAAAGGAGGUGUGUUUGGCAGAUUGUAUUGUUAUGUGAAUAGAGGGUUCUAUGGCCAAAUGAGUUUGGGAAAUGCUCGGUUAAGUUACUGUAGGCUGGGGCGCCUGGGUGGCUCAGUUGUUGAGCGGCUGCCUUUGGCUCAGGUCAUGAUCCCAGGGUCCUGGGAUCGAGCCCCGCGUCGGGCUCCCUGCUCCGCGAAGAGCCUGCUUCUCCUUCUCCUGCUCCCCCUGCUUGUGGUCCCUCUCUCGCUGUGUCUCUCACUGUCGGAUAAAUAAAAUCUUAAAAAAAAAAAAAAAGUUACUAUAGGCUUUUCUGAACCUUUGUGUGGUUUCACUCUCCGAGAAGGGCCUGUAUUGUAUACACUAUUUCCCUGAUUUAUUGUAUUUGGUUUUGGGGGUUUUUUUGUUUUUGUUUUUUUUAAAGUAGGUAUCUUCUGGGAUUUGUAUUCUGAGGAAUAUACUUAGGGAAAUGCUGCCCUGGAGUGUUUUUGCUUGUUGGUGCUAAUUGCAAAGGUUUGCUGUUGUCAGGUGCCCCUCUAGUGAGUGGUGAUAAAAAAAAUGGGAAGAUAGAUUAGGACUUCCUUGCACCCUGCAGUUGGUGGGAGGGGCGUGGGUUUAAACAGUUGGGUUACUUAGGCACGUGUGAGGCCCCUGGUCAGCCCCAGGCCCCAGCCCCUUUCCCUAGAAUCCCAGCUGGCUUGGAACAGCUGUACAGGGGCAUGACCUGGUGGCUCCAGAGAACUCAGCAGCUCUUAGGCGUCUCCGAAUAGAGGGAGCCAACUUGGAAUUCCAGAACAAAUUUCCAAAUCAUUUUUGGCUAUGCUUUAAAAGUGCCAAAAAGGUGAUGGGAUUCAUAGCAUUAAAGUCACAAGCUGCUUAUUUUAUACCUAUAUAAAUAUUCAUACAUAUAUAUAUGUGCAUAUAGACACACACUGUUGUAGAAAGUUUAUACAGUUGCUUCAAUGACAAAGCAAAAGAAAUUUAAUGUUUUCAAGCUCUAUUCUAGUACUGAAGCCACGUUCUAAACAAGGAUUGUAUGUUUGUAUGUAGAUUUUCUAGGAUGAGGGUUUACAGUUUUCAUUAAAUUCUAGUGGUUUCUAUGUCCUAAAAAAUUUAAACAUCACUAGGCCUCCAAAUUUCAGAGGACUAAGUUUAUUUGAUUUCAUUUCAAAGUAUAAAACGGGAUCACUAAUCAGGUGUAAGGAUGCUCUUUGUUUCUUCUCUGCAGUGUGUACGGUUGCAUAUUUGGAGCUUCACACUUUGGAUAUAUAUUUGAUAGAAAGCUUGCCUUUGGUCUUGAGUUGUGUAAUGGUGAACAUCUAGCCAUGUGAAAAGCGGUUGGAUCUUUGUUCUGAUUCUUUAGUUUUCCUCAUGCAGAUUCAGAGAAAUGCCUUUUCAUCAUUUACUUUACGUAUCCCAGAUUCUUGGAAAUCAAGAAAAAUGACUUGUGAGAGUUUGCAUCAGUCCUCAGCAAGUCACGCACUAUAGAGAGGGUUGUGCUGACCACUCGUUCUUUGGACUGCAGGCUACUUCUCUUGCAGUGCUGGUGUCUCUUUCUCAGAGAAGGAAGGCUGUAACCGGGCUUUUAUGUUAAUUGCAUAAAGAUGAGCUUUAUUCUGCUUUUGACUCGAUGUUUUAGUCUGUAUAAUAGGAAAUAACAUGUUUCCAUUUUUCUAUUCAUCUUGAAAUGGAAAUUUGAGGUGUUUGUAAUGUAACUUUGGCUUUCUAGAAGAUUGACAGCAAAGAAGAUUAAGAAAUAUCUGUGUACACAUACUGGUUUUGUUCCACCAAGCCUAUCUUUGGUAAAUAUUUUAAACAUCUGUACUGGUAUACAAAUACUAUAGUUUUGUUGUAAAGUAAACAUCUUAAAAUAAGCAAUGUUGGUCAUUAUUUAAGUACUCUAGUCAUGCCUAGUGUGAAUAUAUUUUACUCAGAGAUUAUGUAUAAAUACCCAGAAGUGGUAAUGAUGAUCAAUGUUGUAAAGAACUUAUUCUGAUAAAUGAGAAACUGGAUACAAUGUCAAAAUAGCUAUUUUCACAAUAAAAUCUCAAAUUGCCUGAA